AUCAGAAUUAGGUUAAAGUUCAGAAUCCAUGUCUGCCUGGGAAACAGUACCGGCCCGAGGUAACAUUUCGUUAAUUUCCCAGACUGAUAGAUCGAUAGACUGAUAGAUCGAUACAUCGGUGAUGAUCCUCAGUGGUUUGGAGUGAAAAUGAAAAGGUUUUAAUGAAUUCCGCUGCGAUCACGGAGUUUAAUCACGACUGCUGCGGAGGGUUCGAUAAAGUGGACUAUAGUAAGGCAGACAUGUCUGUGUUGUUCGAGAUCACGAAGCACAUUGAUUUAACAGAGCGCAGCUUCUGCAUUGCAGUCAUCACCAUCAUCUUCAACCCGUUCUUCUGGAAUGUGGUUGCCAGAUGGGAACACAGAACAAGAGGGCUGACUCGCAUAUUCAGAAGCCCGUUUGUGGCCUGCUACUGCCUGGGAGCCGUCAUUCUGCUUCUCAAUGCUUUCCGCAGUCACAGUUUUACAGUAGCAAUGGAAGGCCAGCUUAAGAUGGAACUCCUGGACAGAGUGCAGGUGUACUACAUGGGAACGGCUCUCAUUCUAAUCGGCUCUCUGUUUGUUCUGAGUAGCUUCCUGGCACUGGGCUUCACUGGAACUUUCCUCGGAGAUUACUUUGGUAUUCUGAUGGAGCAGAAGGUGACAGGCUUCCCUUUUAACCUCAUGGAUAAUCCAAUGUACUGGGGAAGCACUGCCAUUCACCUAGGCCUGGCCUUCAUGAGUGCCAGUCCUGUAGGAGUUCUCCUCACUGCAGUGGUGGCAUUGUGCUACAGAGUGGCCAUCGCUUAUGAAGGACCAUUCACGGAGAAAAUCUAUCAGCAAAGGAGCCUGGGCUGCAAACACAAAUAAUCCUUGAGUGUGUUUGCCUGAGGAUCACAGCGGAGCCCCAGAAUCGCCACAUCCUGAAUGGGCCUGAUCUUUGAAUUCUCAGUGAAAAUGCAGAUGGACUUUAUUUCCAAAUGUUACCAUUUGCUUAUCUUUAGGUUUUGAGCAUUUUCAAAGGUCAUCCUUUGGCAUGCAGAAGAGUCAUUUUCCAGAUGUUUUAAAGGCCAAACAACAACCAUAAAAAUGUGAGAAUUUUAUAUUAUUAUUUGUUCACUGUUUUAUUAAUACUUGUUGUGGAUGAUUAUUUUUCCUGUUGACAUGUUCAGAAUCUGCUAAAGCCAGAAAGUUACUUCAGUUACAUGAGUUAAGAGGAUUUAUUUCUUUGUAAAUCAGUUGUUUGUUUGGGUAAAUUAAUUCCCAGUCCACCAAUUACAGACUAAUAAAAAAUGGUUUAAUAAAGUA